AUGUGGACGUUCCGCGGGCCCUUGCCGGGCGCAUCGGCUCCAGAGCCCGCGGUGCUCCAGGCAGCGCGGCUGGCUGCCUCGCCCGCGGCCGGCGCCGUCGAAGAGCUGGAUCGCAAGCACCUCCUGGCACUGAACCUGCGGUGCCUCCCAGCUGCCCACGGGCUCUCGCCGCGCGCCUACUACCUUCCGCCGCCGCAGGGCGCUGGCGGGGAUUGCGGCGAGGGCGCUGCCUUCCGCUCCGACUUCGCGCUUUCGGAGGCGGCCUCCCUGCUCCUCAGAGCGAGCGCCUGCCUCUCCUCCUCCAGCGGAGGGGGAGCGGCGAAGCAGCGGGACCCGAGGCAGGAGGCGGUGGAGGUUGCGUGUGCCGUGUGCAGAUCGUACCUCGAGAGCGACGGCGGGGAAUGGAUGAACGAGGGUUAUUGGCAGGCGCUGCAGUCCGAGGCCGCUGGCGACGGAGCCCUGCCGCUGGCAGUGUGCGAGGAGGCCCAGCGCUUGCUGGGGCUGCUCCAGGAGCGCCUGCCGUUCUUGCAGUUGGGGCUUCUAGUCCGGAAUGUAUGGAUCCUGAAGCCCGUCGCGGGAGCCCACGGUCAAGGCAUCGCCUUUAUCACGGCGCUCGAUGCGGACGGGACUCCUGUGCAGACAGAACGGACGGAGAAGGUUUCCUUUCAGAGGCGUGGCCUCGGUGACCACCUGGGCUUCGUGGUGCAGAAAUACAUCGAAAGGCCGCACCUCCUCAGCGCUGAUAUUCUCGGUGACGACGGCGACGCGUCUGGAGAAACCGGCCAUGCCCAGCCUCGGGGCCAGUCUCAGCAUCGGCCGCGGCCGAUGCACAAGUACAGCCUGCGCUUCUGGGUGGACGCCCUCUGGUCUUCACACCGCCCCGAGGCCUGGCUGUACGAGACGGGCUACGUCCAGCUGGCGAACAGCCCCUACACGGAGCAGCUGACGGAGCCCACGGCGCACGUCUCGAACCUCGCUCAGCUCGCCGCGCCCGCCAGGUCCAGCGGCCUCCCGCGCACGCCCGCGGAGCUGUCGCUGGAGGCCUACCGCCGCGACCGGCUCCGCCGCCAGCACCCGGGCGCCGACACCUACGCCGAGCGCCUGCUCCCGCAGCUGCGGCAGGUCGCCGCGGGCGCCCUCGCGGCGGUGCGCCCCGGCGACCCGCCAGAGGAUCAGGAGGAGAAGGCACCAGGGCGGCGCCCCUGGAGGCGCCUCGGGCUGGACUUCGCUGUCUCCGAGGAUCUCCGGGUAUGGCUGAUCGAGGUGAACAAGAAGCCGGGCAUGGGCUGCGCCAAGGGGCGGCGGGGGGACGCCACGCACCGCCUCGUCUCCCGCUUCUUCGAGGCGGAGAGGGCUCUGAGGUGCCAGCGGGGCGGCGCCCAGGAGGAGUGCGAGGCGGGCUCCCGAGCCUUUGGGUUCAGAAGGCUCGACGUGGCCACCUGGGGACAGCCUGCCGCGAGCACAGGCCGCGACGCGGAUUGCAUGGGCGGCGGCGAGACGCCCCCAAGCUCUGCCCAGUCCUUGUUAGCGGACGGCCUUGCAGAUCAUCCCUUGCACGGCAGCCGAGCCUCGCUGGCUCUCGGGCAUGCCCGUCAAGUUGAUGUGCCGCCAGGCUCUGUGAAGGAGCUUCACUUGAAACACCUGCUCGCCCUCAACCUUCGCAAGCUGCGCGGCGAGGAGCUCCGCUUCGUGCCCCGGAGCUACGUCCUGCAGCCGGGGAACUUCUUCGAGGAGGAGUUCGCCGAUUUUGCUUUUGAUUUCAAGAUCUCGCAGGCCCUGGCCGUCGUGAAAUACAUCGCUGAGGCUUCCGAGACUGCCCCGUGGUCGCCGCCUGACCCCGCCGCUUCGGGCAGGGGCGCCAGGCGGCAGCCCGAGGGCCUCUGGGGCCGGGACCUCCUGGAGGUCUCUUGGCAGCCCGGGCCCGACCCGUCGCUGCCAGUGGACGGCCAGUGCGUCGCGGCGGCCCUGGCCGUGGCGCGGCGCGUGGUCGCGGCCGGGCAGGCGAGGAGGGCCGUCGCCGUGGACGAGGCGGAGUGGGCCCUCAUCCGGAGCUUCUCGCCGCAGGCCCGGCUGGCGGAGCCGCUCUGCGAUUCCGAGGCGGCUGGGGCGCUCCUGAGGGCCCUCCCGGCCGAGCUCCAGGUCUCGCUGCUGUGCGGCAAUCUCUGGCUGCUGAAGCCGAGCUGCGGGCAGUUCGGGCGGGGCAUCCUGCUUCUGGAUCGGCUCCCGGAGGCCCCAACGCAGCUGCUCCAGUGGGCCAGUGCCGUGGGCCGCGGGGGCCUGAAGGCGGCCAGCAACGACAAGGAGGGGUGCAUCCUGCAGAAGCUCGUGGAGAGGCCUCACCUCCUGGAUCCUGAGGUCCUGGGGGCCGCUGCUCGUCCAGGGCCGAGACGGGCCCCGGCUCUCUUCAAGUACGGCAUGCGCAUUUGGGUUCUGGCAUCCAUGAGCCAGUGCCCUCGCGUCUGGCUCUACCGGGAGGGCCACGUGAGCUUGGCCCUGCAGGCGUUCACGGCGGCGCCCGAUGCCCUGAGCCACAUCACGAACCUGCGCGUGGUCGACGGGAAUCCUGGGGAGCACACGCAGCGGCUCUGGCAGCUGAGCGACUUCGCGGCCCACCUGGGGGAGCACGAGGGCGCGGGCACCUACGAGGCGCGGCUCCUCCCGCAGGUGCGCGGCGUCGUGCGCGAGCUCUUCCGCGGCCUGGCCGCCGCGCCCAGCGCGCUGGCGCCCGAGGCCUCGGAAUCGGGGCGGAGGCUUCGGCGCUUCGGGAUUGACCUCCUCGUCGACGAGGCCCUGGCGGUGUGGCUCAUCGAGGUGAACAUCCUGAAGGACGGCUAUGCCCUGCAGUAUGCGCCGAGGGGCUCCAGCGGUGAGGCGAAGCGUCUGCUCGUCAAGCGGCUGGUCGAGGACGAGGCGCUGCUUCGGGUGGCGGCCAGGACAGGGCGGGGCGACAUCCCGGAGACAUUCGAGCAGCUGCUGCCAGCGUUAGAUCCUGGAGGAGCGGAGGGGCGCCCAGGCCCCGAUCCUCCUGCCUGUCUGACUUGUGCCGACGUGGGAUCCGCAGUCUCGCCACCA